AUGGACGUGUCGAGGGACUUCUUCGUUAAGCUGCGUGCCGUCGCCCUCACGCUCGAGAAGGAAGCGAGGCAGCUGGAACGGGCCUUGAGCAGAGAGGACACGGACUAUGAAGAUGAAUCUCCAGUAAGAGUCUUAUAUGACCUCCAUUGUGAAAUCAGGACUCUGAAGGAAGAUGUUAAUGCGAGUCUUGGUAAGAGUCGCUCUGAAAAACAAGCAAUUCAUGAGUUUAUGAAGGCAAGUGAAAUAUUGAUGCAAAGAAAUGCAGCAGAUCUUGGAAAAAUAAGAGAGUUGUUCCAGAAAUACGGCUACAAACCACGUGUCAAAGACUCUAAAGAAGAGGAGGAAGAAGUUAACAGUGAUUCAAUGGUGUCUGUCCAGAAUAAAUCUGAUGAAGAAAAAGCAGAUGACGUACCUCAUCUUCCUUCUACUGAGAAGCCACUGGUGCCCAAAGACCCGCUGCGAAACCCCCAGCUUUCUGAUUUUGGUCUUUCACAAUAUGCUUUCUCCAGGCCUUGGAGUGCCGUGAAACGACAACACACAACAAAUGCGUAUCAAGAAAAUGCAAAGAACAGGACUCCACUAAAAACACAGACCCCCUGUAUUUUGCCCAAAACACCAAAAUGUAAGCUAAAGAUGGACGAUUAUGAGUGUGUAACACCAAAACUUGAACACUUUGGCAUUAGUGAACAUACCGUGUGUAUGAAUGAAGAUUAUACGAUGUCGCUUAUUCGUAAAACUGCUCAAACAAGCAAGAAGUUGGUUAAAAAAGAUAAUCAUGAAGUGAAUGUACCAGAAAUUACAUCCAGGGAAAUCAUGGUUACUCCUGGGCCAAAACCAAAAGUGACAGCUGAGAAUG